ACAUUCUUCUGGGUCCAUAAAAAAAAAUAACUUGGACGGAUAGUGAGCCAGUAGCCAUAUCAGUUAUCACGUAUACGCAACCAUUCGUACUAUUCAUGGAGUAACGAUGGCACAAGUUAUUUAUAUAUGAAAAAUAUAUGAUGGCGAAGGAUUAUUAUAAUUAUUUUCGUUAUAUUUAUUUUUGUUUACUCAUAAAUAUUUACAACUAAGUAACUAAUUAAUUAAUUAAUAAUAUUAUCAGCCAGGUAUUUAUGUCAUUCGUAAAUGAAGAAAAGAACAGGCUCCUGGUUUACUCUGUGAUAAUUUUUAAAAGUUUAUGUUCAGACAGUUGUAAAUUAUAAGUGUGUUAUUUAUUAUUUAUUAUUUUUGUUGUUUUAAUAAUUACUAUUGAUGUUUGAUGAUAAAUUGGUUUGUUGAUGUAACACGUUGGAGACUUUAAUCUCAAUGUAAUUUUAAAAGACUGCAAUGACGCGUCAAGUUGAAUUAAUUAAUUGUUUUUGUUUAUUUUCAACGAAAGUUAUUAAUAAUAAUUGUAAAUUUUUUUUUACUGAAUAACAUUUAUGAGUAUCACCAACCAGAGGUGAGUCUUAGACUUGAGAAGAAUGGCAAUCAGAAUAACACUCGAAUGCGGGCACACGUCGAUGUUGAGAGCCCGGACUACUCCUGAAGGAUACACCCACGACUGGGAUUUGUAUGUCAGAGGUGUUGACAACGCGGACAUAAGCCAGUAUAUUAAGAAAGUUGUCUUUCAACUGCACGAUACCUUCUCGAACCCCAAGCGAAUUCUCAAGAGUCCGCCGUAUUCGCUCAAGGAGUCGGGCUACGCUGGGUUCUUGCUGCCUAUUUUUGUUUAUCUCAAGAAUAAUGACGAGCCUAAAAAAAUUCAGAUACAGUACGACCUGCAAUUACAAGAGAGUGGGCCUCCUAUCAAUAAUGUCAUACGUCAUUCAGAAUUAUUUAUCAAUCCUUCAGAUGAUUUUCGUAGAAAAUUAUUGAAAGGCGGUGGUGUGGUGGUGUCAAGUAUUGAAGAAGGACAUGAUAAAAGUGAAUCAAAACUAUCUGUUCCAAUGGUCGGUAAACCGAAACUAAGUGGUAGUGAUGCUAAAAAACAUCGCGUUAUUGAACCAAAAACAACAGCAGCAUUUGUUGAUUUAUUUGGUACGCCAGUAAGUAUAACGAAAGUAUCGCCGGAAAAUAAAAAUAAGACUGGUGAUAAAACGAGUUAUCAAAAAUUACCACCUGAUAAAUCGGAUAAAAAUGAUAAUAAGGCUAAUAAAACAAAACAUAGUCCUCAUAAGGAUGGCAAGCGUGAUAAAAGUAAUGGUGAAGAAAAAGAGAAAAAAGAUAAAAAAGGUAAAGACGUUACGAGGGAUAAAGAACGGAGUAAAGAGAAGAGCAAACGACCUCCUAGUCCCGUGAAUAGUAAAAAUAGUCAUCCGAGUCCUAGUAGUAAAAGACCCCCCUCGCCGGGAGUUGCAGCUGUCAAGAAACAACAGCUCAGUCCCCCGGAAUCUGGGACUACGGUUAAGUCUUCGUCGCCUAAAAUACGUGAGAAAGAUCACAAGAAAUUGGUGACGGAGAAACCGAGUAGUAAAGAUAAAGAUAAAGUCAAGGAGGCUCCUAAGAGUACGGCUGGUGGUGGGGGUGCUGGUGCUAGUGCCGGAUCACUCGAGGAACUGAAGAAUGAUAAGAAGAAGAAAAAAUAUAAAGAUGAUAAAGAUAGCGAGCGUAAGGACAAGGCGCGUGAAAAGGACCGUGAUAAAGUUAAAGAACCAAAGAGUUCGGAUAGUAAAAAGAGUCUGGAUAAAUUGGAUAAACAUGAUAAGGUUGAGAAAGAUAGUAAAGUCCAGGAGAGCAAGCAGCUGAAAGAUGUUAAAAAAUCCCCGAAACCUGUCAAGGAUGAUCGCAGCAGCUCCAAAUCGAGAAGCGAUAAGUCCGAGGUGGUGGAUAAGGUCGAGAAGGUCAAAGAUGCGCGCAGUGAUAAGGACAGACAGAAACACAAGCAUCGGAAAAAAGAGAAAAAGGAGCGGACGGACGACAGCCGCGAACGCGAGAGACGAGACAAAAGGGAUAAGCAGAAAAAUUAUGAUAAAGAUUCAGUUGCUGUUACGAGCAACCCGCCCCAGACUAACUCUUCAUCUACUGCGGAUACUCACGAUCGUGACAAUAGCAGCGACUCGGCCAACUCUGCUGACGAAGAGGACUCUAAGACUUUGACGAGCUGUAAAAAUGAACAGGAGACUGUUAGAAAUACCGGUGGGUCAGAAAGUCGACCGGCAAGGCCGUUAUCACCGGGUUCUGAUCACGUGAAACGUGAACGCCCUGACAAAGUGAAAAAAGAUAAAUUAAAGCCCGUUCGUGGGAGCAGUGCCGGUACUGGUAGUGCAGCUGCUGGAGGUGGAGCGGGAGGGGCUGGAGGUAACACUGGUACUGACGACCAGCGGGACAAUAGAAAGAGAAAAAGACGCAGUGACAGCAAAGGUGAGGAUGAGGCUCCGGCAGUUAAGCGUGAAAAAGACACUGGAUUCUCGCCACCAUUAGAACCCGUAUCUUCAAGCCAAUCACCAGUGACCGUUGAAGUGACAGCCGGGUAUCCGGCAGUGAAAGAAUUGCCCGAAGAAAUGGAAACAGCGAAACAAGAAUUCGAGCAUGAAACCGAACAAAUAGCCCCCGACUCGACCAAUAGUGUACUGAUUGAAUCGGAAACAGACGAGCCUUUAGUAUUUUCCGAAGACUACGUGUCCCAGCUUAAAGACUUGCAGCAAAAAAUAAUGACCCUCCAGGACAAUCAAGAGCUACAACGUGUUGUCCAAGUAAUAGCGGCCACUGGCCAGUAUGAAAUCACCCGCAAGACCUUUGACUUUGACCUCUGCGCCCUGGACCGCAGAACAGUACAACGCUUGCAGCAGUUCUUCUCUGCGUCUUGACAACUCAAUAACUAAAUCAAUUAUUAAUAUUUAAUUUAAUCAGCCAAUUCAUCAAUUGGUUUAUUAUUAUUAUAAAUAUAUUAUAUAUAUUAAUAAUAUAAUAGCUAUAAUUAUAAUUUAUAUUUAUAAAACUAUCCAAGUAAUUAGUACUCGGUUGCACAGUAUAAAGAUAAUAUUAUUAAUUAUUAUUAUUAUUUAUAGAUGUAAGUAGAUAAAAUUAAAUUAUAUGAAUGUUGGUUAAUUAAUUAAUUAAUUAAUUAAUAAUAUUAUUAUUAAUACAACGUACUAUCCACGUAUGUACAUCACCGUUGCGCCAAACCUAGUGAUCAUUGUUUUAUUUCACUAACCUCAUUGCCAAAAAAUAAGUUGACGUUUUGUUAAUGUGUCAUGUCAUGAGUAUUCAGUAUGCAUCUAUUUAACGUGAAGGAGAAUUUAAAAGUUAAAAAAUAACACGGGGUAGAGUUGGUACCGUUUUUGGGCACUAGGACCAGUUUUGGACACUAAAUUUGUAAAAUAUGCAAUGAUUUAUUUUUUAAAUGCCUUCGAAGAAACUUUUGUCACACGGAGUGAUAAUUUUUUUCAUACUUUUUCAUUCAUUAGGGAUAUUCUCAGUGCCCCCCUCCCCACUUUUUGAAAAUAUUCAACAACUCAACUGUCAAUGCUUUUCAAACUUUAUUAAUUAAUUUAAAAAAAACGAGUUGAAGUUUUGCCGAGAUGUAGAUUUUUAAAAAAUUACUCAAUUCAAACGAAAUUUGGUAAAUAAAUUUCAGGCUAAAAAAUUCAAAAAUUUGAAUUAUAACUUCGUGAAGAUUUUAUUAAAAUUUAUGUACCAAAUUUCGUUUGAUAACUGAGUAAUUUUUUAAAAAUCUACAUCUCGGAAAAAUUUCAAUUUGUCCUCUAGAAUUAACGCUUCAAUUAUUUUUCACCAUACCUACGCCGAAAGUUUAAAUUCCUGCCCUGUUUAUAGGGCAGAAAGUCGUUCUUUUCUUUUAUAAAUAAAACGAAUGAUUAAAAUUAGUGCAUGCGCCAUUCUUUCCCCUAAAAGGCAAAGAUUUAAACUUUUAGGUGCAGAGGUAAAAAGUUUUAUACACCGCGUUUGCCUUCAGCUAGGGUAGGAAAUUUUACACGUGGCCUAGAAUGUCCUACUUCCCUCCCUAGGUGUGUAAUAUACUAGUUUCUGCUUAAUUAUUAAUUGCGAAUCACAAUUUACGCUUACGCUAAUAGUUGAUCCAUCAUGAUCCUGGUUAGCAGACAAUUAACAAUUUUUGAAUUUUUUUUUUCAAUCAAUUAAUUGCAAAAAAAAAAAAAAAAAAAAAAAAAUAUGCACAUGUAGAAAAUUAAAAAAGCUACAGGUGGAAUUUUUUAAAUUCAAAAAUUAUUAGACGUCGGCAAACUUCAGGAUCAUCACACCAUCGGUCUUAAAUUAAUUUUUUUGAUCAGCUUUCGUCACUGGAAUUUCAAAUUCCAAUGCAGGUAAUCAUGAAAAAUUUUGCGUGUGACCCAGAAUUAAUCACGAUUUCAGACCGCGGGUGUCAGCUCCAGGCUAGCUAACUUCUCCUAGUCUGAAAUCGUUUUGUUUCAUUCGUCGUCACACAAUUUACUAUUAAUACGCUCAUGAGUUGAGUUCUUGAAUAUUUUUAAAAAGUGGGAGGAAGGAUUGUCUGUGAAUGCCCUUAAAAUAAAGUAUUAAAUGUCCAAAAACUGACCAGUGACCACAAAUAGUUCUUGAACCCUAAUACAAGUAAAAUAUAGAGUGUCGGUAGGUAUUUUUUACGUAAUCAUAGGAAACAUGAAUGAGUAAUGUUGGAAAUAGUGUAAUUUCAUUAAUAUCAUAAAUCAAAUAAGCUAGAGGAAGAUCUAGAAGUCAUUAAGCCGCUACCACGAGUAAAUGAAAUUAUUGUCAAGUUUAUUUAAUUAUUAAUUAAGUAUUUCAAGUAAAAAUAUAUAUAUAUAUAUAUAUGAAUAUAAAUAAAUAUAAUUAUAGUAAUUUGUUGGGUUUUUUUUCGUAUCAGCACUCGAUGUUCGCAUUUGUGGCUAUUUAAUAAAAUACGUAAAUUUAAUUAAGUUAAUAUGAGUAAUAAAAAAUUAGGCCAAUCUCUUAUUGUAAUAAGAAUAUUAAUAAUCAUAAUAAUAAUUAUAUAAAUAUUAAUAUUAAUAAUAAUAAUAAUAAUAAUAAUAAUCAAUUUAUAUAAAAUUUCAUAAAUUAUAUUUUUCGACAAAAUUUUCGAUUGUAAAUUGACAUAAAAAUCUUUAAUUAUACGAUUUAUUAUAAAGAACAAAAAAAUGAAUUAAAAAAAAAAAAUAAAAUUUAUUUAACAAUAUUAUUAUUAUUAUUAAAGCCGUAUCGAUUAGGCAAUAAAAAAAUCAGUAUGUGAUUUAAUAAAGAGUGAGCUCAGCAAAGCCGCGGUCGAUAAAUUUUUGAAGUAAAGUAAAACGAAAUGAAUCAAUGGAGCUAAAAAUUAAUAUGAAAUGUAAUGAAAAAAAAAAAAAAAAAUACUUUGAACAAAACAUGUGUGCGUUUAAAUAAAGAGCGAAUUGCAUUUAAAAAAAAAAA